GUUACAGAAGAGAUUUCUAGAUUAUUUGCUUGGAGUACGGUACUCAUUAAGGAUUGUAUAAGGUAAAAAAGUACCUUUUGGUCCUAAGACAGCAGUUGGUAUUUUGAAAGAAUUAUUGAUAAAGUCUUCUUCUUGGCAUGAUCAAUUAUUAUGGUAUAUUUGUACCUCAUUUAAGCCAAAUUUUAUCAAUUUUUAGUGGGGAACAAGUUCAUACUAUGUUCGGACCAUAAGCCUUUGUUAGCUUCGUUCGUUGAUAAAUUGGUAUUCCAAAGAUGGCUGCAGGUCGACUUCAACGGUGAGCAACAUUUUUGGCUUCUUUUGAUUAUACUUUCAUUUAUUUUGAAGGUGAUGAUAACGGAGCAGUGGAUGGACACUCCAGGUGUAUCAAUAACAACAGAAAUUAAUAUCAAAACUAUAUUAUUUAAUCGUUCUCUAAUAUCAGUCAUCAAUUAUGACAAGAAUUGGAAUCUUCUUCUUACUAAUUUCAUGGACCUAUGGUGAAAAUUGUUACUUAUCUGAUAGUGAAUUAAAAGAACUAGAAAAUGCUUUCAUUGCAGCGGAAGAUCAUACAACGAGGAUAGGUUCAAACCAAGAUGCAAUAAUGUGCUUAGGUGCUACAAGAUCAGGAAAAAGUACAUUAAUUAAUUACUUAAUUGGCAAUGAAUUGAAGGGCAUAAAAAAUUUGAAAUAUGCUGAAUAUAAAAUAAUUAAAGCUAAUAAUGAAUCAAUAGGACCGGAAAUUGGCCAAGGACCAACGUCAAAAACUACAAUUCCCACAAAAUGGACAUCGAAUAAAUUGAGUGGUUUCAGUAUUUUUGAUGCUCCUGGAUUUGAUGAUAAUAGAGGACCAGUGCAAGAUAUCACUAAUUCUUUUCAUCUCUACCUAUUAAUGAGAAAAGUUAAAUCUUUAAAAUUUGUUUUAGUUAUUGAUUUUGGUGACAUUGAACGGGACAUUACUCUACCAUUCUUUAAACUUUUACGUCAUUUUGAAAAUUUUUUUGGAGAUAAGUUCGCAAUGUUCUUUUCAAGCAUAUCAGUAGUUUUCACAAAAGUGCCUAGUGAAAUCGAUGAAACUGAAGUUGACAUUGAAAUGAUAAAACACUUAUUAAAUAAAAAAGCUAUUGUAAUUAAAAGUGUAUCUUCUGCUAAUUUAAACAAUUUUCUUGAUUACAUCAUAAAAAAUAGUAGCCAUAUUGCAUUAUUCAGAAAAGCAGAAAGUAAUAGAAUUGAUUCUUCUUACAUCGGCAUUAAAAUUUUUCCUGCCAUUAGUAACAGUGAUAGCGUAAAUAGAAGCGUUCUUCAGAAUAUUGCUCCAUCUGUUUCAACAAAGUCCCAUGUUUGCAUGUUCCAAGUUAAAAACAAAUUGACAUCAAUUUCAGAAUUUACUAACAUACUGGAAUCUUUAUUAAAUUUAUUCAUUAGUAUACUGUCUGAUUGGAAACAUUCAAAUAUGACUCCAAAUAAUAAUACAAUAAAGAAAAUAAAAAAAAUAUUUUAUUUUCAAAAAUUGCAGACUAACUCUAUUAAAAAUGAAUUUGAUGUUUAUAAAAUAAUUGAAGCUUUUGGAAAAAUGGACAGUAAAAUCGAGAACGAGAUUAAGAAAAGUAGUUUGUUAAGAAAAAUUAAAAUAUUUUACUUUGUUUCUCGUUUAUUCAAGAUGGAUGACUUUAAACAGUUACACAGAUCUUUUGAGAAUCUAAGAAUGAUUUUACGUAAAGAAAUUUAUAAAAUUUAUCUUUCGAAUUUUAAAGAAAUAAUAGGCAAAUGGAUGCAUGGUAGGAGUGUUGGAGAUAAAGUGAAACCUAAAUUCUUCUUGUUAUUAGGAAUGAUAUUUUUCUUCUUUUAUAUAAAUCAUAAUCAUAUUUCUAACUAACGAAAAAAGAAAAUGGUUAUUUUACGUUUGACGCCAUAAUAACACUUAUCCGAAAAUAUUAUUUUGGUAUUUGAUUUUUGUCAGUAUUAUCAAAUUUUUGUCUAAACACAAAUAGAAACGUAAAGUUUUAAUAUCAAUAUUUUAUAUUCAAAGUACGUAUGUUGUUAAUCCCGAAAAUAAACUUGUACAUCUUUUGAAAUAUAUAAUGCUUGUCAAGA